GCUGGUGUGGGUGCAAUGGAUGGCCCACGGUGCAAUGGGUUUCGCAAGAAGAGGAGAUCCAAAUCCCAAAGGGAUAGGGAGAUGGGCUCCAAAGGAGGAUUAGGUGUUGCCAGGACCGGUUCUUUGUUUUUUUCUUCUGGAUCUGAGAAAGAAGACAAUGGGAACCCGACUGUUUCUACCUUGUCCAGACCAAAGCCCCCCAGGAGAAAGAGGAAAGAGUCCUCUUCGGCUGAAGAAGACAUCAUUGAUGGAUUUGCAAUGAGCAGCUUUGUGACUUUUGAGGCUCUGGAGAAAGAUGGAGCUUUGAUGCCAGAUGACCAGGACACCAAGCAGCAGACGCCUCUCAGUAAAAAGAAGCGGGACAUACUCAGCAAUGGACUGUCUUAUAAACCACAAAAGAAUAACAAAUACCGAAACCACAAUGACUCUGACAGGGAAAAUGACUUUAACUUUUGCCAGCAGCUUGGAAAGAAAAGGUUUCAGAAGAGACAACAACAGCUCAAACCAGGACAGAACAGCUGCAUAAACAGCGAUGGUGAGAGUCCAACAAGACAAUCAAAGCCUUCGCAGAGAAACCCUUCCCAUGAGCGACUAAGUGAUAGCUCAGCUGCUUCCAGCUUGGGAACAGGCUACUUUUGUGACAGUGACAGUGAUCAAGAAGAAAAGGUCUCGGAUGCUAGCUCGGAGAAGUUCUUUACAACCAUCCCAAAUAAUGAUACAGAGCUGGGUGUCAGUUUACUGACAACAAACAACAACAAAGAUGCUUCAGGCCCAGUUGUACCCAAAGUGUCAGGACUAGAAAGAAGUCAAGAGAAGAGCCAGGACAGCAUUCCGGAGCUGCCAUUUGAGACUACAGUGUGCAAGGAACACUCUGAAUUAGAGCCACAGCCAUUGCUAUCUUCUCCAGGGCCAGUUGUGAUUUCUCAUUCAGAGACACAAACACAGACACAGUCUGGCCCUCCUCAGCUUCCACAUGCUCCAGUAGAGCAAGAAGCACCGUUGCCACCUCAACCACAAGUACAGCUGCCACCAAAGGCUCAGCCACUCCCUCAGUCGCCUAUUAAUCCAAGCCCUCCCGUAUUGCAAGCACGACCUCCUUCCCAGUCUCUUCCCCAAACUUUCUGCAACUACAACAGUAGAAGCAUAAGUGUGAACAGUUUAAGUAGCAGCAGAAGUAGUACUCCUGCCAAAAGUCAAGUGCCAACAUCUCAUCUGGCUCAUCAUCCUUCCUCUUCUCCGUAUCCUCUGUCGUUACCAAGCCACAGUCCCCUGCAUAGCUUUACACCAACCCUCCAACCUUCUGCUCACCAGCACCACCCAAAUAUGUUUGCCCCACCUGCUGCUUUACCUCCUCCACCACCAUUGACUUCAGGGACACUUCAAGUUCCAGGACACCCAGCUAACAGCACUUACUCAGAGCAAGACCUUCUCAGACAAGAGCUCAACACCCGUUUUUUGGCUUCCCAGAGCGCAGAUCGCGGAGCAUCGUUAGGCCCGCCACCAUAUCUAAGGACAGAAUUCCACCAACACCAGCAUCAGCACCAGCACACGCAUCAGCACACACACCAGCACACCUUCACACCUUUCCCGCACGCCAUCCCACCUACCGCCAUUAUGCCGACUCCAGCACCACCCAUGGUGCGUACCCCAGGCAGAAAUUUUGACAAAUACCCUACAAAAGUUGACCCCUUCUACCGCCACAGUUUAUUCCAUUCUUAUCCUCCGGCUGUAUCUGGCAUUCCUCCGAUGAUUCCGCCCACUGGUCCUUUUGGAUCACUUCAAGGGGCAUUUCAACCUAAGACUUCCAAUCAUAUUGAUGUUGCUGCCAGACCUGGAACUGUCCCUCACACCCUGCUACAGAAGGACCCAAGGCUGACAGAUCCUUUCAGGCCUAUGCUGAGGAAACCUGGUAAAUGGUGCGCAAUGCAUGUUCACAUCGCCUGGCAGAUUUACCAUCACCAACAAAAAGUCAAGAAACAGAUGCAGACAGAUCCACACAAGCUGGAUUUUGGCCUGAAGCCUGAGUUUUUGAGCAGGCCACCAGGUCCGAGCCUCUUUGGAGCUAUCCAUCACCACCCACACCCUCAUGACUUGGCACGCCCUUCAACACUGUUUUCUGCUGCUGGUGGGCCACAUCCUGCUGGAGCCCCUUUUGGCCCUCCGCCUCAUCACAGCAAUUUUCUUAACCCUGCUGCUCACCUUGAACCUUUUAACCGUCCAUCAACAUUCAGUGGUCUAGCUUCCGUGGGCGGAAAUGCCUUUGGGGGUCUUGGAAAUCCUUCAGUCAAAACAACCAGACCCUUCAACCUCUCCCUCAUUAUGGCAUCCAACUCAAUGUUCAGCCAUAAGGAGGGGCCAAAUAUGCAGGGCUUCAACAAUCCACAUGAACCAUGGAAUCGGCUUCAUCGAACACCACCUUCUUUCCCAACGCCUCCGCCGUGGCUGAAGCCUGGAGAGUCAGAACGCAGCUCUUCUGCCACCGCUCAUGACAGAGAUUCAGAGAAAAGAGAAUCGUCCUCUAAAGAUGAUAAGGAAAGGGAAAGUACGGAGAAAAGACACUCAAGUCACCCAUCGCCAGCACCUGUUAGCCAAGUAAAUUCUUUGGGACAUAACCGCAGUUUAUCUGAACAAAGAAGUCACAUAAAUAACGAGGUACGAGAUAAAGAAAAGUCAAAGGACCGUGAAAGGGAUCACGCUGAUUCAUGGAAAGAAGCUAAUGUGGAGGAGCACAAAGCAAAAGAUAACCACAUAACUGAGAAGGAAAGUAAUGUGCAUGAAAGUAGAGCUGUGGAGGAAGCUAAACAGCUAUCAAGGGUUCCUUCACCUUAUGUCAGGCCACCAGUUAUGGAGAGCACUAGACCUAAUAGCACUUCUAACAGAGAUAAUGAGCGAAAAAAUGACACUUAUGAUAAUCAAAAGAAAAAUAAUGAUGUGAAAGUAAAAGAGGAAAGAAAGGAAGAUCAUGAUGUAUUAAUGACUGAAGGGCCUCCCAUCCAUAGGUCCUCUGAACAACCUCCUCCAAUAUCUACUGCAAAUGUUCAUCCAAGUCACUUAGCAUCCAUGCCAAUGGCAGUGGGUGUAACAGGGAUGCAUCCAAUGAACAGUAUUGGUGGUCUAGACAGGACUCGCAUGAUGACUCCUUUUAUGGGCAUAAGCCCUAUUCCAGGGGGUGAACGAUUUCCUUAUCCAUCAUUUCAUUGGGAUCCUAUGCGAGAUCCACUAAGAGACCCAUAUAGAGGACUAGAUAUUCAUAGGCGGGAUCCCCUUGGAAGAGAUUUCUUGUUGAGAAAUGAUCCACUUCAUCGUCUAACCGCACCAAGGUUAUAUGAAACGGACAGGUCAUUCAGAGACAGAGAACCCCAUGACUACAACCAUCAUCACCAUCAUCAUCUUUCUGUUGACCCACGCAGGGAUCACGAAAGAGCAAGCCAAAUGGAAGAGAGGGAAAGAUUACACAUGCUUAGAGAGGACUAUGAACAUGCCCGUCUACACGGAGUUCAUCCAGCUGCACUGGAUGGCCAUCUGCCUCAUCCAAGUUUAAUCACUCCUGGAAUUCCCAGCAUGCAUUAUCCCAGGGUCAGUCCCACAGCAGGACAUCAAAAUGGACUGCUUAAUAAGACUCCCCCAGCAGCAGCACUAAGUGCCCCACCUCCACUUAUUUCUACUUUGGGAGGGCGACCAGGUUCACCCAGGAGGACUACGCCAUUGACCACAGAGAUAAGAGACAGACCUCCUUCUCACACGCUCAAAGAUAUUGAAGCUCGAUAAAGAUAAUGCUUAAAAAAAGCUUUUGGACAAAUAGUCUGCUUAGACUUAAAUCAGUGCAAGACUUGAGAUACAAUCUUUGUACAAAUGUAAAGUCUCCAAGAGCAAUGAUUUUCACUUUUUGUAUAUUACAUGUUGCAAAUUUCCAGACCUUUUAGCCAAUUCAAAUGUUUGUCUUCAACUGAUUUAUUUUACUAAUGUAAAGCAUUUGGUUGGAACUGAAGGAAAUAAUUCAUUACAUCUAUUUGGACUGUAUCAGACUUAUGAUAUAGAAAGAAAAUGUAAAUAUUUAUGUAAAAAAUAUUUGCUUCGUUGGGUAAUGGUUCAUAUAUGCAAAAGGAUAGGAUGAAAGCUUUACUGUGUACAAAUGUAAAUAGACAUAACAUAAUACAAUAAUACUUCUUAAACUGUGCAGUUUACAACCUUACUAUUUAAAACACAGUCUGCUCAUACUGUGUUGUGUAUUUUAUUAGAGACAACUAAAUCCCCUCAACUAUGCAAUUUAUUUUGGAGGCUUUAAGCAUAAAGCCAUUAUAACAAAAAUGGAGCAUUUUCCACCCUUACACAAUAACUAAAGUCAUACUGUCCCUGAGAAACUCAGUGUGCAAUACCUAUUGUCUUUUUAUUCAUCCACCUGUAUUUUAGGUAUGCUGUACUCAACACUCUGAAAACAGAUAACAAAUAAGUUUCCAAUUAAGAGAGAUCCUCCUACCAUAUAAGGCUGGACUAAUGUGUCCAACAUGGAAAAUAGCAUGUCAGUAAAAUCCAGGUCAAUGGAAUAGGGAAUGGCUUAGUGUGGAUUUGGCGUAUUUUGUCAGCCCUUUAUGCCUAUGGCCAAACUGAUCACUUAGAGAGUAAGUCACCCAGGCAAUUUGUAUCAGGUGUCCAGUUCAUGAUCCACUAUUUAACUUAAAUACUUGUUUAUAUCUACUUGAUUGGAGAAGAUAUGACUUUACCUGAAGAAAUAACUUACAUAUUUGGUUUACUGGGUUGUAAAUUAUAUAUAUGAAAUAAACAUAGUUCUUUGGUCUUCUAGUGUAUUAAAGUGAUAUCUUAAGUUGUUAUCCUGUUUUGGCAAAAGCAAAACAAUGAAUAAAACUCCAGAAAGUUGUUUCUAAUAAGCAGAGAUCUAUUUUAGUAGUCAACUGAAGGUUUAGUUGUGAGCUUCAGAUUUUGUGAACUCCAGAUGUUGUGCAGUGUUUUUUAAGGAGCAAAUCCUCCCAGAAGAAUAUGUACACUGGAACAGUAGUGGUAGCUUUCAGUAUUGUAAAGAAAUUGUUAUAUACCAACCUUUUGCUGUUUAUUCUGUAUGUAAGAAAUUCCUUUUUAGAUCAUAUGUAAAGAGGAAAAAAAAGAGAACUGAAAGGAAAAAAAAACAUAAAAAUGAAGCGACUCGAUCUUCAGCAUGUUCCUCAUCAGCGAAGACUUGUGUUAUGUAAAUUGUGCCAUGUUAUUAAAAAAUGUGAACUAAG